CAGGUGAACGGUUUGGUUUUUUGUUGGGCGACGAUCGUGCGCAAUCGAUAGGUGUUUUUUUCCUCUCCCUGUGUUUUGUUGGUUACAUUUGGCGACCAGGUACAUACUUGCUUGCAAGUGAGAGUUCAACAGACAAGUGUCGAUCGGUCAAGUUGCUGCGAAGGUGAAGAAAGCUCCCAGGAAAGUGAUCCCAUAUAUUAGGACGAACGAAAGGAACGAAAGAAGCUCGUGGCGCGUGUGUCUUACCUAUAUUACGCGGUGUUGUGCCUGUGGGAUUGUUCGAAUGCUGGAUACGGAAUUCGGGCUACCCUUGUCCUCGUCCUUCCCCUGUGACUCCCUCUGUGAUCAUUCGAAGGGUUGGUUGUGAUUGUGCCUUGCGGUGUGGUUCCUCAGGUUUUGGAACAGCGCGGUGUCGAUCGCUUGCUCGAUCGUUCGAUUCGGUAGGAUUUCUCCUCAGCCUCAGUGCCAAGUGGUGUUUUGCGCGAUCCGCGACCCAGGGUGUGUGCAAAUGAGGAGAAAGGCGUCGACGUCGUUGAAUACCUAAGUGUGAGGAGAGUGCCGAGAGUGCGACGGAGUGGUGUGAGAGACCCGGAAAAAAGAAAGGUGAUCCUCCGGACCAGUGAUUGCGCAUAUUUUUGGAGGAUUCGUAUGAGGAUGUUGUUGUUAUUAUUGUUGAAGUUAAUGUUGGUGGAUUCGUUCAAUUUGUUGUGGGGUUUCAAUUAAGGGCAUUAAGAAAAUCCCGUGCAAGUGCUAGCAGAUGAUUGGCAGUGUCCCCCGUAAAAGAAGUUACCCGAAAACAAGUGUUAUUGUACUCGGAGAUCAGAACCCUUAGGGCCGGAUCAAAAGUGUUCGAUCAAAACAAGUAGUGAAACUCCGACUGGCACAGGUGUAUAAGUAAAGUACGAAAACGGGAAUCAUAAAUAAAUCAAGAUUUUACUCCCAGAUAUUCGGAAGGGUGAAGCGGUACCGAAUUUUAUUUUUUAUCUUCCGAAAAAAAAAUCAAUCUUCUGCCUGAUAAAUUGGAUUAAUCAGUGCCUCAACCGACCGACCGACCUCCAACUUUAAAGCCAUAAAAAGUGAGUUUACAUUAUCAUCAGCAGUUCGUUCGUUCGGGCGUUACAGGAAAACAACAAAACAGUUACUACGGAACAUCCAAAAAUAAAAGAAAACAACAACGCCAACAACGACAAAGUAUCGGAAAACGCCAUCACAUACUACAAUCACAUCACAUCACAUAAGACGGCACGGCAAUAAAGGGAAAUAAAAAUUGCAAGUUAUAAUGCACCGGUGGUAAUCGCGAACCUGUAACUAAGAGAAAAAAACACAAAAUAAAACGACGCCUUGAAAAAAGCGAACACAGUCUUACGAAGAAAUGUGAAAAAAAAAACAAGAAGAUGAGCGACGAUCCCCCCUUUCUCAUGUAAUAAAGCAGUUGCAUAAGACCCUAUCAAAACAAUUACCCUCCCAGAGUGCACACCUCUUAUAAAAAUCAAUAUCCGAUCGAUCGACUCGAACAACAACAACAGCAACAAUCUCUCCCAUCGGAUUCGGAUUCGAAUGAAAUAACAACAAAAUACUCACAUUUGUUGGCGGCAGCCGAGACAAGAAAAGCAACAACGAAAAAAAAUUCACCAUUUGUAACCGAGUGAACAAUAAAAUUUGUCUGUUUAUUGUCCGGGUAAAAAACAAAUCAAAGCUCAAAGAAAAACGCGUAUUUCUCGGAACAUCACAAAAGACCUCCACCGAAGUUAGUUUUUUGUUUCUUAAAAAAAAUAACAAAGGAUACAAAUUCAAACACACGCAUACAAGUUUUUCGGGUUUACAUUUUUUCGUCAUCAGCUGGUAUCAGUGCCAAUUGCUGUUCGAGGGGAAAUAAUUAUAAUAAUUUCGGUUGUGUGUUGAAGAGUGGAUAACGAUAUGGAUAACGGAGGUGAUUUGGGAGCGGCCGGGGCCGGGGAGGUGGGAUCCUCAUCCUGCUACGGCGGUGGAGACAUUGCCGGUGCCAUCUUUGGGACCCUGCUUGCCGUCAUACUUGUGGCGGUGCUCGUCUGGUACCUCUGGAGGAAAGGCUACAUCCCGAAGCGCAUCACAAAAGAAUCCCAUCUAGUCUCGGAGGACCCAGAGAGUAAGAAAGAUGAAUAUGCUUUCGAUAAUCCGGCAUUCAAGACGGGCGAGGGCCCAACAGCAGGAGCAGCAGCUUCUGGAACUGGAAAGACCGCCAGCUCCCCAUUGGAUCCAAGCUGGACCUCAUCCAAUCCCGCUACCAAGCAAAACAGCUUGGACAAACGGAAAACCGUGGACGAUAGCUUUGUCAAUAACGCCACCCCCCGGCUGGUCUCUCUCCGGGGAUCCGAUUUUACCGGGCUCGGUGUCGAAGUUUGCGGUGGCCUCAAGGAGGGCAUUUUUGUCAAAAAAGUGAUGCCCCAGGGUCCGGCAGCCGGUUUCAUAAACAGCGGCGACCGGAUAACCAGCAUCACGAUCGACUUCCGGCACAUUGUCCACGAGGACGCGGCCACCAUCUUGAGCUACGCCUCGCCCUACAACGUCCAGCUGGAGCUGGUCAGCGGUGAAAAGUUGCCCCAAACCCAGAGCCCCAAGCCGGGCCACCAGCCACUGACGCAUCCCCUCGUGCGGUCCAGCAGCCAAUCCGACAUGAACACGAUUGAACGCACCUCCCGCAAGAAGCUCUUCAGUGGCGAAGAUGGCAACUCAACGCUCAAAAUGGAACAGCAACAACCCGCCGCAAACAGCCCUUCGAAUACACUGAACAAAGUCCUGCCGACGGUGCACAAGGAAAACGAGAAAGAAACCAAAAAGCAUUCGUUCAAACAACAGAUGAAAGAAAUGAUCGAGGAAAAGUUCCAAACCAAACAUGCCGAUGUGGAGCGAAAGGACUCGAGCGCUUCCGGUGAAGGAGGUAAAAAAGGUCACAAGUUUGGCAUCCGAGUUUUCCCACCAUCGGUAAAUGACAAACUUUUCGGAAAGAGCCCAACCAAGGUUCAGGCUGACAACGAGAACAACAGCAACAUCGAGAAGAAAGAAUCGGAAGAGAAGAAAGAGAAAUCUCCUUCGCCACCGGUCGUCAAGAAACGUACCAAGGAACCGAAAUCGAUUCCGGAUGUGAUUGUAGUAGAAUCGGCUGUUAACAACGAAGUUAACCAAAUGCCAACCGAAUUUCAACGACAGAACAGUCUAACGUCAAGUGGAAUCAAACGAGAUGCUGCCGGAAUACCACAGGAAAUGCCUGGAUUCAUGAUGCAGGCUGCCAAUGCCGCGAGAGAUAACCGAAAAUCAAGUAACACCGAUGCCGACAACAAGCGAAAGGGUAAAGCUCCGAGACCACCACAAAACGAGUUCGACAUGGAUGACAGUACGGUGACGAUGGAUACGAAUCUCAGCAUGGACGUCACCGAUACGGCUUCGACGACGAACGGACUGAUGAAUGGCACUUUCGACUCCGAUAUCAUGGAAACGAACGAACCGAAGAAACCGGUUGCCCUGGCCAGGAUGAAUUUCUCCGAUAACUUUGUCGAGGAGGUACUGAACUGUACCUUUGAUAGUGUAGCCGGAAUGGAGAAGUUUGAGGAAGAACGUCCCAGCAAUAGUUCGACUCCGAAAAGCGAGCGUAAGAAGUCUUCGCGAACGGAGAGUAUGAUGCAGGAAGAUCAUGAUUCUGACACCGAGCAAGUGCCACCGGGUAACAAAAUUGAGCUCAACUCCAGUGACAUCACCGUACACCAGAGCUCACCAAGCCCAACCAACACCAGCGAGGAAGAUAUGACGGAAGACAUGGAAGAUAGCAACCGCCGCACCGCCAGUCUAGGAGAUUUGUCCAAACUGGAAACCCAAAAGUCGAAUCCCGGUAGCAACAGCAACACCUUGGAACGUGCUCAAAGUUUGGAAAUCACCGGUGAUGCAGUAACAGUCGUAGGCAAUGGAGCUGUAGUAGUGGGAGCUACCGUUGUCACCGCGAAGAAGCGAAAGUCCUCUGUCGAAGGUCAAGUAGAUGGGGAUGUAAAGGAACCGAAGUUGAGUGGAGACGGGCUGAGUUCGUUGCAACGCAAUCGUCUAAAGGGAGCAUCGGCUUGGGGAAACUUGGAGGAUGCCAUCAAUUCCGGUGAACUUUUGAACAGCUCAUCGGAGAGUGAGCUGAAGUCUUCAACCGAAGAUAUGGAUAAAUCUGAAGUUAUUGUUGUUGAGAAUGGAUUUGGGAAGAAUUUCAACGUUGAGAUCAAUACGACAGUGGUGAAUAUGUUCAGCGAAAAUAGUUUUAUGAAUGGACUAGUUAAUCAUAGCAAUGUUAUCAAGAUUGAAGAUGAGCCGAAAGAGAUCCCGAAUGGGGAAAAUAAAGUGGAUAUUGUUACAAUUUUAGAGAAGGUUGCUCCGGCAGUUAUUGUUGCUGAAGAGAGAAAAAUUGAAAAAGAGAAUGACAGAGAGCAUGUUUCACUCACCAACAUCAACAUGGAUUACAAUGGCGUUUACAAUGAUGCAGAGAUCAAUAUGACAAAUGGUGAUCAUGUUAAGAUAACGAAUUAUGAUACAAACAUACCGGAUGAUGUGAAGGUUUCGAGGUAUCCCUUCGGAAGUUUGGAAAGACCGAAAUCGGAUGUUCUUAAGAAAUUACUAGGACAAAAAGAAGAAUUGGAAAAUACUCCUUCAGUUUUUAUUUCAAGUGACAAUGAGUCGAAUAAGAUAACAAUCGGAAACAAUUAUCACCACGAUAUGGGAGAACCUAUCAGUUUGACAUUGAUCAAUAGUACAGAUGCUCAUCCAGUCGAGAAUGAACAAACUGAGAGCAGCCAAGCUUCUCCAGUGUUCUCGAGUAACACAAAUGGAAUCAGUAGCAUCAACAUUUCUGCGUUGGAAGUUGAUUUGACAACGUCGCUCAAUAGUAAACCAUUUACUGUAGCUCCAAAAUUUUCUCUGGACAAUAUUGUCACAAUUUCAACUGAUUCGUCUCAACCAUCCUCGAUCAUACUGAUUGAUGAUGAGAAACUAGAUUUCAGUCUUCAAACCCUUGAUGAUUUCGAUGAUAGCAUAGACAAUACACUUUCAACAGAACUUCUGACACAAGAAUCCAACAAAACUGUUAUUGAAACUAACCCAGUUGUACCAGAGAACCCCAAAACGCCAAACAGUUUUGUUACCGAGAUCACAUUAAAAUCGAACGAAUCCGAAGUAAACGGUAAACCAACAGAAGAGCCGCCGAAAUUGACAAAGAAGCCCCCGAAACCAGAAAAGCCAACGACACCUCCAUCUCGUAUUCCCGUUGAGCGACGAAUGUCUAGUGAGCACAGCUUCAUUCCACGCAACACAGAAAUAAAAUUCUCCACUUCAGCAUACGAUAUUGGCAAGAGCCCAGAAAAACGUCCUCUAGGAAUCGACCAAAUACGCUCAAACUUCGAACGCAGCAACUCCAAACCAGACGUUCGAGCUUUCGAGCGUAGCAAUUCCAAAACUGAUGUGCGGCCAUUCGAGCGCAGCAAUUCCAAGACCGACGUUCGCCCAGUCGAACGAUCCAAUUCCAAAUCCGACGUUCGUCCAUUCGAACGAACCAACUCUAAACCAGAUGUUCGACCAUUCGAACGCAGCAACUCUAGACCCGAUGUACGACCCGUUGAACGAUCCAACUCCAAGACCGAAACCCGCCCAUUCGAACGCAGCCAAUCAAAACCCGAUGUUCGUCCCUUCGAACGAUCCAACUCCAAGACCGAUGUCAGGCCAUUCGAACGCAGCAACUCCAAAACCGACGUGCGAUCAGCUCUAGAACGUAGCAACUCGAAAACCGAAAUCCCAGUCCUGAUUCGACGAACUUCAAUCCCAUCGAUUAACCUGAACAACUCGAUCAAUUCCAGUCCACAAGGCAACGUCAACGGAACAAAUGGAAUCUCCACAAACGGAUCUACGAGCCCACCGGGCACCAAGGCAAGCCCCUCUCGAAUCCCCGUCUUCAACUCUAGCCCCAAGAUCAACAACGGCCACGACAGUCCUCGAUCACCUCCUUCUCCGUUUCUGAACAACAACAAUAAAGGCGCUGCCAUCAACGGUAACCCCAAAGUGUCCGUGAGCAUCACCUCGAUCAAGAACCAAUCGAAACAUCCGAGUGGAAAAUUCAACGGAAACUAACCAUUCCAACAACCCUUUAACAUUAAACUUAAACUGUUCGUUUGUUCGUUUAAACCCCCUCUACAAUAAUGGUGCAAUUGAGUGUGAGUCCACGCGUGAUCGGGUGUAUUGAUAGUUAAGUGUAAGAAAACCCCCCUAGCUUUAUAAGGUGACGAUCAACCAUUUCUUUGAAUUUAAUUCAACGUUUCUCCGCAGCGUUUCGCUCGUCCAGAGCUACAACAUUAUUAUUCUAUCAUCGGAACACUCACACAGUGGAAAUGUUUGGCCAUAUUUACUUUUUUCUAUUGCGUAAGAAAUUUAAAUAUACUCUACAUAUUUGUUUAAGUACUUGUAUAAAGAAGAAAAAUAUAAAAUGCAUACAUACGCAGUCGAACACGAAAAAACAAAUUCGCCACAAAUCAAUCAAGCGGUAUGGCGGCGAGCGUAUCUAGUUGAUAAGUUAAGGAACAACCGGAAACGGAAAACCCCCAUUAGUUUAAUGCCCCUUUUUCAAAAUUAACUUCGAUUUGUUAAAUAGUUGUUAAAAUCGUAAAAAUAAAAGCUUCCAAUGCAGUGCGGAAGCAAACCAUUACCAUAACAGGAAAUAAAACCGAGAACUUUUGCGCAUUGUGGGUUGUUUACUAUACACUCAUCUAUCUAAAACAAAAAAUGACUACAACGCGUUUUAAAGAAAUCGAAUUUCAGUAAAACAAUAUAUUUACAAUGCAUGAACAAAAAAAAACAGUAACCAGAGAAUGACCAUAACAAAAGAGAGAGAUGUUCUUUAUAGAGAUAGAUAUAUUUUAUAUUUU